CCGAGCACUGAGAAGCAGCAGCCUGGGACAAGGCUGGUCCAGCCUCCUGGCUUCCAGAAACGAAUUAUAAGCCCACCAGGACAAUGAGUGAAGAGACUGUCCCCGAGGCUGCGUCGCCGCCGCCCCCGCAGGGGCAGCAGUAUUUGGACCGCUUUUCUGAGGACGACCCUGAGUACCUGCGCCUCCGCAGCCGCGCGGCGGACCUGCGGCAGGACUUCAACCUGAUGGAGCAGAAGAAGCGCGUCACCAUGAUCCUGGAGAGCCCCUCUUUCAGGGAAGAACUGGAAGGCCUCAUCCAGGAGCAGAUGAAGAAGGGGAACAACUCCUCCAACAUCUGGGCCCUGCGGCAGAUCGCGGACUUCAUGGCCAGCACCUCCCACGCAGUCUUCCCAGCAUCUUCCAUGAACUUCUCCAUGAUGACGCCCAUCAAUGACCUCCACACAGCUGACCCCUUGAACCUGGCCAAGGGGGAGAGGCUCAUGCGGUGCAAGAUUAGCAGCGUGUACCGUCUCCUAGACCUCUAUGGCUGGGCCCAGCUGAGCGACACCUAUGUCACGCUGAGAGUCAGCAAGGAGCAGGAUCACUUCCUGAUUAGCCCUAAGGGAGUUUCUUGCAGUGAAGUCACUGCAUCCAGCCUGAUCAAGGUGAACAUCCUGGGAGAGGUGGUGGAGAAGGGCAGCAGCUGCUUCCCAGUGGAUACCACAGGCUUCUGUCUACACUCGGCGAUCUACGCUGCCAGACCUGAUGUGCGCUGCAUCAUCCACCUGCACACGCCGGCCACGGCAGCCGUAUCAGCCAUGAAGUGUGGCCUCCUGCCUGUCUCCCACAAUGCCCUGCUGGUGGGGGACAUGGCCUAUUAUGACUUCAAUGGUGGAAUGGAGCAGGAAGCGGAUCGAAUCAGCCUGCAGAAGUGCCUUGGACCUACCUGCAAGAUCCUGGUGCUAAGAAAUCAUGGAGUGGUUGCUCUAGGUGACACCGUGGAGGAGGCGUUUUAUAAGGUCUUCCACCUGCAGGCUGCGUGUGAGAUACAGGUCUCUGCCCUGUCCGGUGCUGGGGGAACGGAGAACCUCAUCCUCCUGGAGCAGGAGAAGCACCGACCCCAUGAAGUGGGCUCCGUGCAGUGGGCAGGGAGCACCUUUGGGCCUAUGCAGAAGAGCCGGCUGGGGGAGCAUGAGUUUGAGGCCCUCAUGAGGAUGCUGGACAACUUGGGUUACAGAACAGGCUACACGUACCGCUACCCCUUUGUUCAAGAGAAAACCAAACACAAAAGUGAGGUGGAGAUCCCAGCCACCGUCACAGCCUUCGUGUUUGAGGAGGACGGCGCCCCGGUGCCCGCCCUGCGGCAGCAUGCCCAGAAGCAGCAGAAGGAGAAGACCCGUUGGCUCAACACGCCCAACACCUACCUGCGGGUCAAUGUGGCUGAUGAGGUUCAGAGGAGCAUGGGCAGCCCCCGGCCCAAGACCACAUGGAUGAAGGCUGAUGAGGUGGAGAAAUCCAGCAGUGGCAUGCCAAUACGGAUUGAAAACCCAAACCAAUUUGUGCCUCUCUAUACUGACCCCCAAGAAGUGCUGGACAUGCGGAAUAAGAUUCGAGAACAAAACCGACAAGACGUGAAGUCGGCAGGGCCUCAGUCCCAGCUCCUGGCGAGUGUCAUCGCUGAGAAGAGUCGAAGCCCGUCUACAGAGAGCCAGCUGAUGUCCAAGGGCGAUGCAGAUACCAAAGACGACUCAGAGGAGACCGUGCCCAACCCCUUCAGCCAACUCACUGACCAGGAGCUGGAGGAAUACAAGAAGGAGGUGGAGAGGAAGAAACUAGAACUUGACGGAGAGAAAGAAACCACUGCAGAGGAGCCUGGCUCACCUGUAAGGUCUGCACCAGCUUCUCCAGCACAGAGUCCAGCGAAGUCAGAGACAAAGAGCCCUGCGGUCUCUCCCUCCAAGUCUUUAGACGAAGGUGCUAAGAAGACAGAAACAAGCAAAGCCACCACAGAGCCUGAAACAACACAGCCAGAAGGAGUGGUGGUCAACGGGAGAGAGGACGAGCAGACCGCAGAGGAAAUUCUCAGCAAAGGCUUGAGCCAGAUGACCACCAAUGCCGACACGGAUGUUGAUACCUCUAAGGACAAAACCGAGUCGGUCACCAGCGGCCCCAUGUCCCCAGAGGGCUCACCUUCCAAGUCUCCCUCCAAAAAGAAGAAGAAAUUCCGAACCCCAUCCUUCCUGAAAAAGAGCAAAAAGAAGGAGAAAGUGGAGUCCUGAUUGGUAGCACCCUUGGGCUCCCAUCUGCACCCUCUCCCUCCACCCCUUCCCUUCUCCUAUCUCUGUCCCUGGAAGCACAGGGCCAAAGAGGGAUAGAAUAGGACCCUGGAUCACACUCUGAGGAGGAACUUAGAGAUUACCCAACCAACCCCUCAUUUUACAAUUGCCCCAGAGAAAUCAGGUGACUUUCCCAAGGUCACACAGCUAGUUAGUGGCAGAGCCUGCACUAGAAUUGAGGUCUCCUGGCUCCUAGUCCAGUGCUCUUUCCACUACAUAACACUGCCUAGUUGUGGGCCACCUUUGUGAAGAUGCUGUCCACCAAUCUGAGCCCAGGGCAGAAGGCCCAAGCGGGCUGCAAGCCCUCACAAUCUCAGAUCAAAUCAGACAGGUUGAGACUUCCCCUGAGCAAGGUCCUUUUCCUUGCAGGAAUCCAAUCUCCUGCUAAUGGAGCUGUCACAGUUUAGAAAUCUCUCUUUUCCAUAGGGUCCCUGCCCUGCUGCUCUCAGUAACCAGACAAAUUGCCCUGUCCCCUAUACCAGAAGUUUAUCUUUGUUCCCAAGGUCUGAUGGCUUAGCUUGUGCUUCCCCAACCACUAACCCUGAGCUUUCUUCAUGGAACCUCCUGAAUGAUGGAUGGAUGAAGAAUUGUAAGAGUGGGCAGACAUAAGGGCAAGCAGAGUCAGCCACAGGAUUGGGAAUUAUUUAAUCAAUAUAAGAAGCCAGGAACUUGGCCCAUUUGAAUUGUGCAUCUCAGGCGCUUCAAAACUAAAACCAAAUUUAGCUUAGAGAAAAGUUGUCUCAUGCUCAGGGCAGAAAUUUGGGGAAAUUUAGAUCCUCUGUUGGCUUUGGGUUGUACAAGGAGGAUCAAAACAACACAGGAAAUGCUAUGCCUUUCUAGCUUUGCAUGAUACAUGGAGCAAUGUGGCUGUACCCGUUUCUCUCCUAUCCGGCGGUCAGGUGUCCCCUGACCUUCCUUCAAACCUGGAAGCACUGGCUCACAGACUGGAACUGGCACCUUAUUCUUGGCACCUUGACCUUGGCUCCUUUGGGUUCCGACUCAGUCACUCUGGGUCCAGCAGAGGAGAAUGAGAUGAGCCCUUGAGGAUUCAUUCCUUGGAUCAGCUAUCAGAAAAAUCAGCUUGAGUGUCCUUGCCCUGUCACUAUCUGUCCAUCCUGGGGCCUAGUGAGAGCUACAGCUGCUGUUGUAAAUGCCAGCACUAUCUUUUCAUAUUCUUCCACGGGACAUCGAAUAAUGAGCAUUGUUGGCUCCUAAAAAAUAGACAACCCAUUCUCUUUAUAGCACAGUGUCUUCAAAGAGUAUUUUUCCUUUUUGUCCUGAUUAUUGU